AUGGCUAGAGAAAGGCCGGAAUGGAUCCCUAACGAUGUGUGGACCAGACUGCUAGAACAUUGGAAUUCUCCAAGCUAUCGUAGCCAAUGUAUUGCAACAAAAAAGAAUAGGGCCUUUGAAAUGAGUGGGGCCCUACACAUAGGUGGAUCCAUUACCACACACGAGCAUGCACUUCGUAUGCCACGUGAGUUGGGACGACAUGUGUUCCUUGAUGAAGUAUUUCAGCAAACACAUAUUUGGAAGGGUACUAGCGAGUAUAUGGAUGAGAGGUCUAGGAAGACAAAUGAAGAAUUUCGGAUUAGGCUUUCCCAAGUCAGAUCUAAGGUAUCCUCAUAUGGUGCUGAUGGAACACAGGAGCAAUCCUCUACUGAUCCCACACAAGACGAGAAUAUCAGGACUAGGUGUUGGAUUGAGAUGGUUGAAGGAAAAAAGAAAGGAAGACUUUAUGAGGAUGGCCAACUUGUAUCAAAAUAUACGGGUUCAAAUGAAAGCCUAAACCAACUACCAGCUUCUUCCUCUUCUAAUAUUAGGCAACAACUUUCACGAAGCCUAGAGGAAAAUGAGCAAUUGAGGUAUAAGUUUCGAUCCUUUCAAUCACUAGUCCUGCAAUAUCUCCCUCCUGAUGCUUAA